CUCUCUCUCUCUCUGCACAAUAGCACUUUUGGAGCCCUUCACAUGUCUAUAAAUAGAUACCACUUCAUGCAUUUCAGAGUCAUAGAUGUGGGUUUUAAACACAUUUUCUUCUAUGGCUACCCACAAAGUUAUGAGUAUUAUUUUCUUUGUGUUACUGGGUUUAGGCAUAUGUUCUGCAACUAGAGCCCUCCUCACUCUUGAAGGAGGUGGCUACACUCCGGGAUCAGGCGGCACUGCCAACUACGGUGCAGGCCAUGGCAUUGGAGGUGGCGGUGGUGGUGGUGGAGGCGGCUCUGGAGGUGGUGGUGGUAGUGGCUAUGGAGGUGUAGGUGAACAUGGAAAUGUUGGAUAUGGAGGUGGUGAAGGAACUGGAAGUGGCGGUGGUUAUGGAGCUGGUGGAGAACAUGGUGCAGGGUUUGGUGGAGGUGGAGGUGGUGGUGGAGGGAGUGGUGCUGGUGGUGGUGGAGGAGGAGGAGGCUAUGGUCCUGGAGUAGAGCAUGGUUCUGGAUAUGGAACUGGGGGUGGUGAAGGAGGUGGUGCUGGCUAUGGUGCUGGAGGAGAACAUGGAAGUGGAUAUGGUGGUGGUGGAGGCGGAGGAAGUGGUGGUGGUGCGGGCUAUGGUGCGGGUGGAGCGCAUGGAGGUGGUUAUGGUGAAGGAGGUGGCAGUGGUGGCGGCUAUGGAGCUGGUGGAGAGCACGGAGGUGGCUAUGGUGGCGGUGGAGGGAGUGGCGGUGGUGGUGGAGGAGGUUAUGGUGCAGGAGGAGCAGGAGGUGGUGGAUAUGGUAGUGGUGGUGGUACUGGCGGUGGUAUAGGACACGGUGGUGGAUAUGGUGGUGGCGGUGGCGCUGGUGGUGGCGCUGGUGGUGGAGCAGGCUAUGGUGGCGGAGGUGAACAUGGUGGUGGAUAUGGAGGAGGUGGUGGGAGUGGUGAAGGUGGUGGUCAUGGUGGCUACGUCCCUUGAGAAAACAUUCUCAAUUCCUCACUCUCUUAAAUGGAGAAAUCUCCUAACUAGUACCAAUAAUAAGAUUUAAUUAUGUGUUGAGAGGAAAAUGUGUUGUAUGAAAUGUUAAAAUUUAAUGCCUUCAAAUUUGCAUUUGCAUUUGC